AUGUGGGCCUGCCUCGUUCUCCCAGCUGACUACAAGACCUUCUCCAUCAGCCAGGGGCUCGUCAAGUUGGGGAUCCACAGCGUGACGGGACGCAAGGUGGCGGUGAAAAUCGUGAACAGAGAAAAACUCAGCGAGUCCGUGCUCAUGAAGGUGGAGCGCGAGAUCGCGAUCCUGAAGCUCAUCGAGCACCCGCACGUCCUCAAGCUCUAUGACGUCUACGAGAACAAGAAAUACCUGUACCUGGUACUGGAGCACGUGUCUGGCGGGGAGCUGUUCGACUACCUGGUGAAGAAGGGGCGGCUCACGCCCAAGGAAGCGCGCCGGUUUUUCCGGCAGAUAAUCUCGGCCCUCGACUUCUGCCACAGCCACUCCAUCUGCCACAGGGACCUCAAGCCCGAGAAUCUGCUGCUGGACGAGAAGAACAACAUCCGCAUCGCCGACUUCGGCAUGGCGUCGCUGCAAGUCGGGGACAGCCUGCUGGAGACGAGCUGCGGGUCCCCCCACUACGCGUGCCCUGAAGUCAUCCGCGGGGAGAAGUACGACGGGAGGAAGGCCGACGUCUGGAGCUGCGGGGUCAUCCUCUUCGCCCUGCUCGUGGGCGCCCUGCCGUUCGACGACGACAACCUGCGGCAGCUGCUGGAGAAGGUGAAGCGCGGCGUGUUCCACAUGCCGCACUUCAUCCCCCCCGACUGCCAGGCGCUGCUGCGCGGCAUGAUCGAGGUGGACGCCGAGAAGAGGCUGCAGCUUGAACAGGUUCAGAAGCACUCGUGGUACCUGGUGGGCAUCAAGAACGAGCCGGAGCCCGAGCGGCCGGCCCCGCGCCGCGUGGCGCUGAGUGCGGCGGCGCUUCGCGGCGCCGGCGCCGAGGCGCUGGACCCGGACGUCCUGGACUGCAUGCACUCGCUGGGCUGCUUCCGUGACCGCGACAAGCUCACGCACGACCUGCUGUGCGCGCAGGAAAACCAGGAGAAGAUGAUCUACUUCCUGCUUCUCGACCGCAAGGAGCGCUACCCCAGCCAGGAGGACGAGAACCUCCCCCAGCGCAACGAGAUCGACCCCCCGCGCAAGCGGGUCGACUCGCUGCUGCUGCACCGCCAGGGCAAGUGGCGUCCCGAGCAGAAGUCCAUGGAGGUGCUGAGCGUGACGGAGCGCGACGGCUCGCCCGUGACGGCACGGCGCGCCCUGCAGAUGGCGCAGCACGGGCAGAGGUCUCGCUCCGUGAGUGGAGCCUCCUCGUGUUUGGCCUCCAGUCCCAUCAGCAGUCCCAAGGUGACGCUGCUGCCCUCCCCGGGGAGCCCGGCGCACGCGCCGCUGACUCCGCACGGCCAGCCGGCGCUCGCCGCCGCCGGCGGCGGGGGCGGCUGCGGCGGCGGAGGCUCCGACAGCCCCCUGCAGGCGCUGUCCCCGGCCAACACCCCCCCCUCUAGCCCCAGCGUGGGCGCCGGCGGGGGCGGAGGGGCGCUCUGGAGGAACCGGCUGCACUCGUUCAAGCACACCUUCCUGGGAUCGCCGCGCUUCCACCGCAGGAAGCUGCAAGUUCCCACGCAGGAAGAGAUGUCAGGCCUCACCCCGGACUCCUCGCCCGAGCUGGCCAAGCGCUCGUGGUUCGGUAAUUUCAUCGGCGCCGAGCGGGAGGAGCAGGUCCUAGUGGUGGUGCGGGACAAACCCAUCAGCUCCAUCAAGGCCGACCUCGUGCACGCCUUCCUGUCUAUCCCCAGCCUGAGCCACAGCGUGGUGUCACAGGCGAGCUUCCGCGCCGAGUACAAGUGCACGGGAAGCCCCGUCGUCUUCCAGAAGCCGGUCAAGUUCCAGGUUGACAUCACCUUCGCCGGCGGAGGGUCUGGCCACAAGGAGGGAAUUUACUCCGUGACCUUUACCCUCAUCUCAGGACCCAACCGGAGGUUCCGCAAGGUGGUGGAGGUGAUCCAGGCGCAGCUGGUCCACUCCCACGACCAGCCGUGCGUGCAGCAGCUGAGCGAUGAGCGGAGCAAUGGCCGGGGCGCUCCGGGCACGGGGGGGACGCCGGUGCACCACCACCACCAACAACAACAACCCCGGCGCUCUCACGCCGACAACAACGGAGGCAGCAGUUCGAGCUGCGGGGGUGCUGUCGGCGGCGGCGGCGAUGACGGAGGGGAGGAGUUGGAGGGGGGGGCGCUCGGAGGCGCCGAGGGGCCGCACUGCUCCACCUCGUACGGUGGCGGCGGCAGCGGUGGUGGCGGUGGUGGCGGUGGUGGCGGCGGUGGUGGUGGCGGCGGUGGUGGUGGUGGUGGUGCUGGCGGUGGUGGCGGUAGUGGUGCUGGCAGUGGUGCUGUGGCACAGACCCCGGCCACACCGGCCAAGAGGGCGUGAGGAGGGCCACGCGGAGUGGACUGCUGCUGCUGCUGCUGCCAAAGGGCGGCCACGCUACUCAGCCGGAGAGACACUCAGGCAGACAGACACUCAGUCACACACUCAGGCAGACAGACACUCGGUCAGAUACUCAGCCAUGCACUGAGCCAGACACUCAUUCAGACACUCAGAUAGGCACUCGACAGACACUCAGAUAGGCACUCAUCCAAUCCCACACUCACCCAGCCAAUCGCUCACCCAGAUAGACAAUCACCCAACCAGACAGACAAUCAGCCAACCACCCGGCUUUCUGGUUGACCGACCAUUCACUCACCCACCCAGGCACCAAGCCAACCGGCCGGCCAGCCAGCCAGCCAGCCAGCCUGCCAGACAGUCACCCCGAGAGCUACCCAGAACCGAGCCAAAUCCACCAGCCACUCAAGACACCCAGAGGAUACUCAGCCAUCCAAACAAACACGGCCCACGCGGAUGGAUCUCCGUCCGUACGACUCAUCCCCCGCACUGCCCCCACAGUGAGCAUGCGCCCGUGCGGCGUAACCCGGUCCGUUCGCACGUCAGUUGCCGGAACCACAGAGGCGUGCGGGGGCAUUCGAACGCAGCCCAGUCUCCCCGUGUGUCCGUCCGUCCGUGCGUCUCCGCGCGUCGUCGCCCUGUCCAGCGUGUGCCUUCAACACGCUGCGACGUCCCCCUGGCGACAGCAAAGGCCGAACCAAAUGGCACGGCUGCAGUGGGGGGGGGGGGGGGGGGCGCAACGCCGUGCCAUGCGUCCCCCCCCCCCGCACCGUCAACGCCAAACUCACCGCUGCAAUCCCAGCUGCUCAGUAUUGCCGGCUCCGCGUUUUUGAAUUCACCGCCCUGGGCCUCCCCCCCGCCCCCCCCGCCCCCCCACUCGGAACCACCACCGUCCCUCGAGAAUUUGUCCAAGUUUGUCUCGUCGGGGGCGGCUAUUUCGUAAUCGUCAAUUGGGACCUCUCUCGCCGCUCGGUCUCGGACCAUCAACUCGGCCUGCCCCAGGAGCAGCCUGGACUUGGUUGUGAACCCAGGUCUGCAGCAGCGACGACGGCGCCAGCCGGCGUGCUCACCGGAUGCGAGAACACGGCGCCGCUCACGUUUCAUCGGUUUCUACUCCGGUUACAGAGCGGCGAAGCUGCUUCGGUCAACGACUCCAAAUCAUCAUCGCCGUUGGUUGCCGAGAAAAUAAUUCUAGAUUUGAAGCUUUCGCGACUGCAAGGAUUCAUAUUCUUAGGUUUUUUCGGUAAAGUUACGUAGGUAAAAAAUAAAAAAUAAAAUUUUUUUUUACCUACUUGACUUUCUUUACCGGUAAAGUCACGUAGCUAAAAAAUAAAAAAAUAUUUUUUUACAUUUUUACCUACGUGACUUUACUGAAAAAACCUAGGAAUGAGAAAAUAAUUGAGGAUAAAUAAUUUAAUCGAACGAUACGCCUCCUACCGCGCAUCAAAAUAAAUACGUACAUUUCUUACACUGUUUAAGCUCUUUCUUCAACUAUUAACUACUGUCACAAUUCAUCUUCUUGGUUCUUUCGGUAAAGUCACGUAGAAGGGAAAUAAUAAAAUAAAAAUAAUUAAACAUAAUAAAAUACAAUUCUCACGACGUUUCGGCCACAACGCAAGCAGCCGUCCUCAGGUGAAGAACAGGUCUGUCGGAAAGACAGCGUCUGAAUGAACACCACCAAGCUUGAACAGGGCUGUCUUUCCGACAGACCUGUUCUUCACCUGAGGACGGCUGCUUGCGUUGUGGCCGAAACGUCGUGAGAAUUGUAUUUUAUUAUGUUUUAUUACUUUAUUAUUUCCCUUCUACGUGACUUUACCGACAGAACCAAGAAGAUGAAUCCCUGCAGUCACGAAAGCUUUAAAUCGAAAUUUAACCGCCACAAUUGUUUUUCUUUCUAUUUUACCGCGUAAGCCCCCCGCUGAGCCGCGUCUCUCUCUUUUUUUUUCUUGACCCAUCGAAACAAAAAACGACGGCUCGACGACAAGUGGAGGGGGGCUCGUGCCAUCGCGUGCGAAAUCUUUAUUUGUAACAGCAGCAGCCAAAUAUUCGCGCUCGAGUAUAAUCCUCGUGGGCGGCGUGGGAAGAUGUCGCGGUGCGGCUCAAACGACGCGCUCCCAGAGGGUGCCGUGCGGACGUCGGCAAAAAAAAAAACUAAACGCUCGGAUUGCGCGGAGAGACGGAGGCAUACACGGUGCCGCAUUUGAUUCCUUUCUUUCUGUAAAUGUAUUUUUAGGCCGUUAGCGGAGCACGUGGCCAGACUUGUCCUCUCCUCUAUCUCCACCGGGGUUGUUAAAGAUGCCGGGGUAACAGCACCCGCUCGCGCGCGUGUACGAAACUAUCAACGAUAAGUAUAUUUAAAUAUAACAUACGAUCGCUUAAUAAUAACGACAUCAUCAUUACUAAUAACGAUGUAAUAUUGAUCAUAAGAGUCACAUGCACAAAUAUAGCACUACUUCGGUUUUAAGUCUCGGCGGGCGGACGGGUAGUGUUUAUUAAUUAUUAUAAUAAUUAUUGAGAAUGAUGUACACUGUUAGACAGCAGACAUAUUUCAAGUAAAAAAGAUGAAAAUGGAAAAAAAAAUACGACAAUAUAUUAUACGGAUAUUUUACACGAAGCAGGAAAUUAUUCAAAGGCCGCGGUGCUUGCUGUGGGUUUCGCGGUAAGCCCGUCGCAAAAGUGCCGCUCGCGAACAAUAAUCUCUCACUCUUCCAGAUGAAUGCCAGGCGACUUGGAUGAGCCGCCGCUUUGCCGGUCGUCAAAUCCGGCGACGCUCUUAGCAGGAGCCGUUUCAGAUAUCUUUUGCUGCUAACGCUGCCGUUGUUGAUAAUGAUGACGAUGCAUUUGUUUGCGGAUGCAAAUUUGACGGGACGACAAAACAAAAAAAACUACUACUGAUGCUUUUCGACGGAGUUGCACCCCAACUUUGUUUGGGGGGGGGGGGGGAAAUAUACGGUAUGCACUUUUGUGUUUGUUACGUUACAGGGCUUUGUUCUUGUCGUUGUUAUCGAACUUGCGUUGCACUUUUGCCUUAUGGCCGGGUCCACACCUUGAGCGAUCGGUUGCAUACAACUUUGGUUGCACGGUUGCAUGCAUCUUCAGUUGCCUGUAUUGCGGGAAACUUUGGCAGAGGCGCCCUCCAGAAAAAUAAGUUGCCGUGCCACGCAUGCAGGCUGCAUCCCAGUGAGGCUUUCCUGGGUAAACAAGCGGAAUGUUAAUCCCUCUCCGAGACGUCUGCAAGUUGCAGAGUGUUACCGUUAAGGACGUCGUACUCACCGCAGAGAACUGUAGCGACACGUUAUAUUUCGAUUUAAAGCUUUCGUGACUGCAGGGAUUCAUCUUCUUGGUUCUUUCGGUAAAGUCACGUAGAAGGGAAGUA